ACUUUUUCCAGUCCUGGCCCGACAAGCCGAAAAGGCUGCAGUUUUUAUGGCUUGGCUUAGGACGACGACUAAUUCCAGGCUCUGAAUGCUUUUGGAUGUUCUUGCGGAGAAUUUCGCUCGCUGUCUUCCGUUCCUGAACAACGGUUUUCACAGGUGAAGAGAACUGAGGUGGUUUGGGCGGCAGUGACCACAACGCUCUUAUUCCAAAUCAAGACUGUCUGCAUCUUGGACACAUCUGGCGGUAUCCUUCCCGCAAUACGGGUCAAAACCUAAACUUUCAAGACAGACACAAAUCCGCUUGGUUCAAGCGGACUAACAGAUAGGAUUGAACGCAUCGUGUGCCCGAAAACGCCGGCAAGGAGUGUCUUUCCCGUGCCAGCCUGAGAGUCCGAAAGCUGCAGCACGCGCGGAUAGCAUUAUGCAUCUUUGUUGGUACUAUUUUUCAUUGUUCCGUUCUUCUUCCUGUCUUCUCCGCUCGUUCAAAGCGGCCCUGUUAGUCUCCUAAGACGGCAAAAUCGGCUGAUCCAUCCAACUGUCCUUUUCAAAGCGUUGGAAUACCAGUGUGCGAUGACCGGCCGUGCGGUGCGACGUUCGGGGCAUUCGGAGGAUUCGUUUUGCCAUCCCGGCAAAUUCCAGGAGAGGUAUUCGAGUUUUACUUGUCCAUCUUCGUGACACACUUCCUGCGUCUGACAGUCGUCUCUUCGUUGCCUUGCUGUUAUUCUUCGUUUUCCACCGCGCAACCCUCACAUCGUUGGUAGGCUGUGCGCCUGUUUGCCCCGAUCCGUUUUUCUGCUUGUUCCCUUUGGUAUUUGUCCACUUUCCCACGUGUUUGCAUGCACAGGACAGAGCGCUAACGCGAAACUGGAAGAAAGCGAGAGUUAAGACAGUGAUAUUGGAUGGCCGCCGGUAGAAAGCGGCUGGCUGGCGUGUGAGCUACGUAAAGACCACCAGUCGUUUCAGAGAGCCAUAGAGGUGGAAGCGGUUUCUUUCUGACUAGUUCAACCCAACGCGCGUACCGAUGAUGAGAAAGAAAGAAGGGUAUGAGAGGCGCAGGUUUGAGCAGCGUGGCAUGGACGCAAUGGAGGAGGAAAACGAUGCUUGCAUCGUUGAUUUGGAGUCCAAGGUGCAAAGUCUUAAACAGCUGAGCUUGGCCAUGCGCGAUGAGGUACAGGAGUCGAACAAUCUCCUCGAGGGUAUGGCUGGCGGCUUGGAUGGAGUGCGGAAUUCGAUCCGAUCGUCAAUCAAGCGGAUGGAAAACCUCUGGAAUCAAAGAGGUGGCUGGCACACUUGCUACCUUGCGUUAUUCGUCGUCGUUAUAUUCAUAAUUUUCUACUUUCUCUAUGGUAAAUCGUCUGCCUAGUUGGUUGCAUGUGCUACGCCGUGUUUUUCUGGUGUCUGUUAUGUCUCGGUCGUCGUCCACAUAUUGAGGGAAGGCCUCUCACUUUUUCCGGUAUAAUAUUUUCACUGGUACAACAUUUUCAGAAAGCCUGCCUUGGUAAAACGGGAAAUUCAGGGCUAAAACUGAGUCACUUUCACCGGCGUGCGGCUUUGUGGCCUUCACAUGCGGGGAUCAGGAGUUUCUUCGAGAGAUAAACGGCCACAACGACACUUCCGCGUUCUCGCUACGAGCUGGUGGUAUGCGUUUGUAGUAAUUGUAUGCUCCGCAACACAGCAAAAUGUAGAUUUGACUUCGUUCCUCGAAGUUUAGAGACGAGUCACCCAUGUUUUUUUAACAAUGCUGGAUCACCAAUUGCAUGCUCACUUACCGAUAGUCGUGUUGUGUUGACAUGGGGUCUGAUUGGACGUGAAGAAGCAUCGGACCAAAUUCUCUUGCAAUUGAUAGGGUAUACACUGUCACAAUAGGCACGACUUUGAGGUGACAACAUUGUACUCCUGUAACGGAAAACCCGUGCUAGCGAUCUAGAACGGGAAACAACCGCCGCACUGUGGCGCAUCGCACAAUAAAGCUACGCCGGUCCAUGCACGCGCUGAAUAGACCAGCCGAAUGAAUAUGCUGAUUCUAUGGGUGUGUUUGCUCCGCUUCCCAUUUUA